AAUGACAUGUAUGUCCCCUAUGAAUGUUCUUCAGAAACAUGCAUAGUAAGGGAAGAUCAUAAGGAAUGUCCAACCAUCUACACCAAAAUCCUUGCUGUGAUAAGCCUAUCAGGACAUCAGCAAAAGAUAAAUAUGCAAUUUUGCAAGUGUGAGACGGAGUCUGUCACUUUGGUCAGGUACAGACUUUGGCCAUCUUCUCCUGAAACUCCCCGUGUUGCAUUUGAUUUUAAAUUAAUGGAAUUGGCUGUGGUUCUUCAGCUUGAGGGGUGCUUAUCUUUAAAAGCCUUCUGUGAUGCCAUCAUUCAAUCUCAAAAUGGAUUUCCUGUCAUGGUGCGACCUGAUGAGGUGAAAGAUAUAUACAGAAGUCUUGUUGGGGAUUCUUUCAAUGAAUAUCGUUUCCAUAGAUCACAGUUUAACAACAGAGAAAUGUAUGAUGAAAACCAUAUUGAAAAUGCCAAUGAAUGUCCUAUCUGUUGUGAGAGUGAAGUAACUAAAAUCCUUUCCUUGGAUGGUAACUUUGGUCUUGUACAUAAGAAAUCAUCAGGAGAGGGAAGUGGCAUACCCAGAAGAAAAGAAAGAUUUUUCAUGGACCAAGACAAAGUUGAUGCAUUUGUGUUAGCUUAUGGUCUAGAUACCAAAAAGCAAAGCAUU